UGUUCCGCCCGGGCCGCGCCGCUGUGACACCGCUCUGGGCACGGAUCGGGGAACAUGCUUUUUGCCCAAACACCGGUUUAAUCUGCGUUUCUCGGCCAUGGCAGCGAUAGGAGUGCACUUCGGGUACACGUGUGCGUGUGUGGCCGUGUUCAAGGAUGGCAGGGCUGAUGUCGUGGCCAAUGACGCUGGAGACAGAGUGACUCCUGCGAUUGUGGCGUACAGAGACAACGAGCAGAUCGUUGGAAUCGCGGCGAAACAGGGGCGAGUCCGGAACGCCGCGAACACCAUCGUCAAAGUCAAACAAGUGCUGGGCCGAAGUUUUGACGACGCAGAGACGCAGGUUCACAAAGCAGAGACCAAAUGUGAGGUGAUAAACAAAGGAGACAAACCGUUUUAUAAAAUCCAGCUGGACGAGCGCACCGAGCACGUCGCUCCACAAGAGGUCGCCAAACUCAUCCUGCACAAAAUGAAAGAAACGGCUCAGUCUGCUCUGGGCUCGGACGUGAAGGAGGCGGUCAUCACGGUGCCCUUUGAGUUCGCACAUGCUCAGAAGAACGCUCUGAGAGAGGCGGCUGAGGCGGCCGGGUUCCACGUCCUCAGACUCAUCCACGAACCAGCGGCCGCUCUCCUCGCCUACGACAUCGGACAAGAAUCUCACUCCAGCAAAAGUCAUGUGCUCGUGUACAAACUGGGCGGUACGUCGCUCAGUGUCACCGCCCUGCAGGUGAACGGGGGGAUGUACCGGGUGCUGCACACGGUGACGGACCACAGCAUCGGAGGAGAGCGCUUCACCCACGCCCUCGCUCAGCACCUCGCCGCAGAGUUCAAACGUUCGUUCCGUCAUGACGUGAGCUCAAACGCUCGGGCGAUGCUGAAGCUGAUGAACUCUGCAGACAUGGCCAAACACUCGCUCUCAUCUCUGGGCUCCGCAAACUGCUUCGUCGACUCCCUGCACGACGGUUUGGACUUCGAAUGCAACGUGUCCAGGGCGAGGUUCGAGCUGCUCUGCUCCUCCCUGUUCAACAAAAGCAUCCAGCCAAUCAGAACGCUGCUGGAGGAGGCGGGACUUAGCGCCUCCGACAUCAACCAGGUGGUGCUGUGCGGAGGCUCGGCCCGUAUCCCGCGUCUGCAGCAGAUGAUCCAGGAGCUGUUUCCAGAGGUGGGCUUGCUCUGCUCCUCUCCCCCAGACGAGGUGAUCGCUGUGGGGGCAGCGCUCCAGGCCGCGCUCCUGCUGAACCGAGACAAUCUGGAGCUCGACGAGGACUCGGUGUCUGUGGACGUGUCUGCGCAAGACAUACUGCUCAAGGAGGUGGAUGAAGCGGGCUCUCCGGUCUUCAGCGUCCUCCUCGCCUCUGGGACUCCUCUUCCCGCUCGGAGGCACCACCUCCUGCACAGUCCUGGAGCUGUGAGCGGCCUGAGCCUGGAGCUGUACCAGCGUCUGGGGGCGGAGCAACCGGAGAGACUUGCCAAGAUUGUUCUGAGAGACCUGCCGCCUCAGGACGAGCUCCACGACAUCGACACCGUGGUCACUAUGAAGAGAGACGGCUCUGUGCACGUGAGCUGUGUGGAGCAGAGCAGCGGGCGCUCGGAGGCCAUCACCAUCGCGGCGGCGGCGGCGUCAUAACCUCCGCAACCUUUUUAUUUACCGCAAAAUAACUCAACACCUCUGGAACGUUAGGAUUUCUCUUUUUAUUUACGUCAAUAAACAUGAAAUAUCCCAGAA